CACCGUAUUACAAACGAAGAAAAAUGUGCGACACAAUUGAUUGAAAGCAGUUUCUCCGAAAUUUUGUUUUUACUUUGAAUUAUCUGUGGUUUUAAUUGAUGAAUUUCAACCAAACAACAAAAUAGUUUUUGUUUUGUUUUUCAAAAGAAGAAAGAAUUUGAUAAUUACAUUAGUUCGAAACAUUUUACAUAAGAAUACUCAGCAUACAACAUUAACCAAGAAAAAAAAGGAAUACACUGUAUUUGUUUUUAGUUGAACUAAAUUUAACUUUCGACAUAAAAUAAUAGCUUCAAAUGAAAAACAUGCAUUUGUGAUUGGUUCAUCAAAAGAUUUCUUAUUUGUUUGUGUUGUUUUUCGUUGUUUGGGCAGAAGAGAAAAAAACAAGGUUCAAUUUUUUCCGGGAAAAAAAAAGCCGAUGCUAACAUUAACGAGUACAUAUUAACAUAUAAAUUAAAAUAAAGAUCGAAAAACAUUGAACACUGAAAAAGAAUAAUAACAAAGAAAACGUUUCAAAAUUCAAUUGUUUUAUUUGCCUCUCAAGUACAUGCAUAGAUUAAGACGAUGUUCAUCUAAAUAAAGUAGUAAAUCAUCGAGACAUUAGCUGACACCAAUUGAUGAUUGAAAAUUAAGUUCGUAAACAAGGAAAUAGUUAAACAAAAUAAACAAAUGGAACAGGUGAUUCGACGGUCGAAUUUGCAUUGAGAAAAAUUCAAGUCGAUUGAAGUCGUAAGAGUAAAAAAAAAUACAGACACAAUCACCACGAAUCGAGUGCAACCAAAAGACAAAAUACAAAUCGAACUAGACGAAAAUAGUGUGACACGAAAAAAGAGAUAUUGAUAAGACUUUCUUUUUCGCUGUUGUUGUUGUUUCAAAACGGCCGCAUCGGACAAAAUAGACAUAUAAACAAAAUAUUAAUUAAACGAACAAAAUGUCAGCAUUUACGGAAACGGCAUUGAUUAAAAAACUUAUUGAUUUAAAUGCAAGCCAACAAAGCAUUCAAACGUUGUCUCUAUGGUUGAUCCAUCAUCGCAAACACUAUGCCAAUAUCGUGAAGUCAUGGUACAAGGAACUGAUGAAAGUGCCUCAAAGUAAAAAAUUAACAUUCAUGUACCUUGCCAACGAUGUUAUACAAAAUAGUAAGAAAAAAGGACCCGAAUACGGCAAAGAAUUUGGAAAAAUGCUGAAAAAUGCCUUCACACAUAUCGGUGAGACGUGUUCAAGUGAUGAAAAAACAUUAGGCAGCUUAGGUCGUAUAUUGAAAAUUUGGGAAGAUCGAGGUGUCUAUGAUGAAAAACAGAUUGAAGACUAUCGAAAUGCAUUGAAUAAUAUUGGAGAGAAAACGCAGAAUAGCACGAGCACGGGAUCAACAUCAAAACGAAAGAGCACCGAUGGCAUUGAAAAUGGCAAAGAGCCAAGCAGUAAAAAACAAAAAACAUCCACAUCAGGCAAAGAGCAUGGCAAACGUGAAACAAUCGAAAUCAAUGGCACCGUUGAAACGCAUGUUAUUCUCAGUCCAAAGGUACCAGCUGGCGAUCCACCGGAACCAGAGGAGCUAAUCAAAGCGCUAAUUAAUCUAGAAAAUUCAGCUUCAAGUGAUGCCAAUAUUCGAGAGCGUAUCGCCAAUUUACCACCGGAAGUAUCUGAAAUUGCACUGCUGUCGAAGCUUGAAGACAAAGACGCAGCCGCUAAAUUGAUAGUUCAAGUAAAUGAAGCCGCACAAAUUCUACAUGACUAUAAUACAAGGCUGUCGGUCGAAAUGGAGGAGCGUAAAAAAUUGACACAAAUGCUGAAAGAUUUUCAAGCUGAACAGAAGGAACUAUUGGCACAAGCAGAACAACGGCUCGAGGAGUACAACAAAAAAUUGGUUAAAGUGAAAGAUGUUCAAAAGGAGAUAAAAAAUCAUUUGAAUAAUCUUCCGGACCUCACACAAUUGCCUGAUGUGACAGGCGGACUGGCACCGUUACCAUCGGCUGGUGAUUUAUUCAAUGUCCAUUCGGGUUGAAUUUAUUCUAUGUUUUAUCCAUUCACGCAUAUAAAAAGAAAUCAUACCAAAAUUCAUCGAAGGUGUUUAUGAUAAAAAGAAUCGAUUGUUUAAAUUUGUUUGAGAGCGAAAAGAAAAUAUUUGAUUAAAUUGUGAACACGCAUUAAGAGUGAGAAAGUGCAAAGAAAAUUAUAAAUUUCUUUGAAUUCUUCGCAAAAAAAAAACAACACAAAAUUAAUUUUGUAUAAUUAUUAGUUUUUUUUUCGGCUAUUUCGUUUUAACGCAAGAAGCUAAUCACAUGUACAUGUAUUUUGUUAAUUGUCGUUGGAUUGUCGGCAACAAUUUAGAAUUAAAUAGGAAAUUAAAAUUUACACAAAACUGAAUAGAGGAAAGAAAGAAAAUAUUGAUCAAAAAUGACAACAGACAAGAAAAAUCGAACCAAAUAAUAAAUUGCACCCGAUUGUUAGGCAUUUUAUUUGAAUAUUGUUUUUAUUCGAAACACAAACCAAUUUUUAAUCUAAAUACAAACUCAAUUAUUGAUAAUAUAA